UCCGCCAUCUUGCCGUUCCCUCCCUCAGUGUGGCAGGAUUGAAUGAGCGCGCGGCUUGCUCGUCCCGCGAAGCGAGCGCCAUGUCGGGCACCCCGAGCCGCGCCGCCGCUGGCGGGACCCCGCUCUCCCCCGCCCGCAUCUCCCGGCUGCAAGAGAAGGAGGAGCUGCGGCAGCUCAAUGACCGCCUUGCCGUCUACAUCGAUCGGGUGCGGGCGCUGGAGCUGGAGAACGACCGGUUACUGCUGAAGAUUUCCGAGAAGGAGGAGGUCACCACCCGGGAGGUGAGUGGAGUCAAGACCCUCUAUGAAUCUGAACUGGCUGAUGCCCGAAGAGUUCUGGAUGAGACGGCAAGAGAGAGGGCAAAACUGCAGAUUGAAAUAGGAAAGCUAAGAGCAGAACUUGAUGAGGUCAAUAAGAACUACAAAAAGAAAGAUGCAGAUUUGUCUGUGGCUCAAAGUCGCAUUAAGGAUCUUGAAGCCCUGUUCCAUAGAAGUGAAGCAGAACUCAGUACUGCUCUUAAUGAGAAGCGCAGUUUGGAAGCAGAGGUUGCUGACCUGCGGGCCCAGCUUGCUAAGGCAGAAGAUGGUCAUGCUGUGGCUAAGAAGCAAUUGGAAAAGGAGACAUUGAUGCGGGUGGACUUGGAGAAUCGCUGCCAGAGCUUACAAGAGGACCUGGAUUUCCGGAAGAACAUAUUUGAGGAGGAAGUAAGAGAGACAAGGAAACGGCAUGAGCACCGUUUAGUUGAGAUAGACAGCAGUCACCAGCAGGAGUAUGAAUCCAAAAUGGCCCAGGCCCUGCAGGAUCUGCGCAAUCAACAUGAUGAACAGGUCAAACUGUACAAAAUGGAGCUGGAACAGACCUAUCAGGCCAAGUUGGAGAAUGCCAAACUGUCCUCUGACCAAAAUGACAAAGCUGCCAGUGCUGCCCGAGAGGAGCUGAAGGAAGCUCGCAUGAGGAUAGAGUCUCUCAGCUACCAGCUUUCUGGCUUGCAAAAACAGGCUAGUGUCGCAGAAGAUCGCAUUCGGGAACUGGAGGACAUGAUGGCUGGUGAGCAGGACAAGUUCAGGAAGAUGCUAGAUGCCAAGGAAAGGGAAAUGAUGGAAAUGAGGGACCAGAUGCAGCAGCAGCUUGCAGAAUACCAGGAACUGCUUGAUGUCAAAUUAGCACUGGACAUGGAGAUCAGUGCCUACCGAAAACUUCUGGAGAGUGAGGAAAAGAGAUUGAAGCUGUCUCCAAGCCCGUCCUCCCGUGUUACAGUCUCCAAGGCUACCUCCAGCAGCAGUAGCACCAGCACUUCGGUUGUUCGCUCUUCUCGGGGCAAGAGAAAACGGGUUGAAGCAGAGGAGCUUUCAGGCAGUGGUACAAGUGGAAUUGGCACUGGGAGUAGUAGUGGUAGCACCAGCGGUAGCAGCAGUAGUUUCCAAAUGUCCCAGCAAGCCUCAGCCACAGGAGGCAUCAGCAUAGAAGAGAUAGACCUGGAGGGAAAAUAUGUUCAACUUAAGAACAACUCUGAGAAGGACCAGUCUCUGGGUAACUGGAGACUGAAGAGACAAAUUGGAGAUGCGGAAGAAAUUGCUUAUAAAUUUACUCCAAAGUAUGUCCUCAGGGCUGGGCAAACUGUUACAAUCUGGGCUGCAGAUGCAGGUGUGACUCAUAGCCCCCCUUCUGUCCUUGUGUGGAAGAAUCAGAGCAGCUGGGGCACUGGAGGAGACAUCCGCACAUAUCUGGUGAACUCUGAUGGAGAGGAAGUUGCAGUAAGAAGCAUCACAAAAUCAGUUGUGGUGCGGGAGAAUGAGGAGGAGGAUGAAGCAGAGUUUGGAGAAGAGGAUCUCUUUCACCAGCAGGGGGAUCCCAGGACAACGUCUAGAGGAUGUUCAGUGAUGUGAAAAAACAUUAUUAUUUGCUACUUUUUUUCCUUUCUUUCCUUUUAUUUUUGCGAUUUUUUUCCUCCAGAGCCACUGAAAACUAUUUUUAUAUGUAUCAUCUGAUUUCUUUAAAAGUUUACUCCUUGUUACAUUUUUAUAGAAAAAAAAUUAAUCAAGCAAAACUGCCAGGAUUUUUAAAUAGAUUUCUUUAUCCUCCCCCCCCGCCUACUAUUGGAAUAUUGGAUUAUUUCCCCACCAUUAAAACUUUUGUCUUGUAUAUAAACCUGCAGUAGAAUGAAUUUUAAGCUAAAAUGGGACUGGACUCCUUGAGAGUAGGGUAAAUAUUAGGGCUGUUGAUUAAUCGCAGUUAACUCAUGCGAUCAACUCAAAAAAAUUAAUCGCGAUUAA